AUGACACCUUUUAACUCGCAUCCUGUGUAUUUUUCGCCCUCUGCCAAUGAAAACAAGUCAUUGUUACCCUCGCUACCACCCCACAUCAUUUCCACUGUGCUCACAGAUGAGCCUGUGAUAGACUCCAAGCAGCCAAAAACUACUCCCCAUCUGUCAUACCAGAGUGAUAGCAAUGCACCAAUAGGAAAGAUCAUUGUGAACAACCACAAAUACAUUUUGCUAAAGGUUCUAUUCUCCUGUCAAGGACUUCUAGGCCAAGGAACCAUGUGUUACUUAGCUAGUAGUGAUGAUGAGGAGUACAUCAUUAAGGAUUAUUGGGUGAAAGGCAACAGUGAUGCUAUCUUAAACAAGGUGAAGAUGCUAGAAGAAAUGAAGAGUGUCUGCACGGUAGAAACACAUCAAAUUUUGCACAGAGACUGCAAUCUGAAUAACAUCAUGAUAGAAGAUUGUGAAGGCAACAGUUGGGGGCCAUUGAUAGACUGGGAGUUCACUUUGUAUAUUACAUCAGAUAAUACGUACCCUACCAGCGGAACAGGAAUGAUACCAUUUAUGUCCAUCGACCUUCUUGAUCAGAUGGGCAAAAUACAACUGCAAAGCCAGGUGGGAGCAGCAGAUUGCAAGGAGGCCUCACUCUCUGUCCCCGUCAAGAUAGAAGGGAUCAAACAUUUCUACCAUGAUAACCUUGAAGCUCUAUUUUACGUCUUUGUCUGGGUCUGUAUCGCACUCAAGGGGCCAGCCAACACAAGGCACCAACUUAAUCCCUUGAAGAGCCAUCCCAAGGGCUCGAUGGUUUGGCUACCGGAAGAAUGGCAUGGCACACAAUUGGAUAUAGCAACUUGUGCCAAGAAAAAGUCAUACUUCUUUUCUGAGUAUCCACAGAAAUUGCACCUAUCUGAACAAUUUGAUCCCUAUUUCAAGGAUCUUGUUCCCCUCGCAGAGGAGUGGUACAACAUCCUUCAUAAGAAGAGAUUGGAAAGAAAGAAGGCAGAGUUCAAGAAUACAAAGGUGAAGCUGAACAAAUCAUUCAGGGACCAAGAUAUACCAGUACCACCAAACCCCACAGGAGAGGACAGAGAGGACAGGGAGAAGGAUAGGGAAGAUCCGAGUUGA